AUGCCUUCAUUUUCCUGGUUUUUCUUUGCAGCGGGAAGUCAUUCCGAAGUUCAAUCUUGUGAUAGUACAGAAUCAACUGACAAGGCUGAUAAUUCUGAAACUGAAGACACGGAUGACGCGCCAGAAGUAGCCGAAAUAUUGAAAUCUAUGAAGCGUGUUCGUUUUGAAGACGACCUGAAAUCGGAAGAAACUGAAUCGGAGCAAAGGUUUAAUCAAGAAACCAGCUAUGAGCCUGAGACUUCAUAUGCUGGGAAUCGUCAUAUCGAAACGAAAGUGGCAAGGAAACAAUGCAUGGAGGAACUGGAAACCAAAGAUGGCUUAAGUUUGAAAAACAAUGAAAAUGAGAGUGAAAAAGACGAAGUACACCAGAAAAGUUUCCUGGGUGAGAGGGUCGAUCAGAACAGAAGUAUUAAAUUCUCUAAAUUGCAAGGUAGGGAAAACAAUACCCAAGAAAUGACACCUGAAGAGGGAAUCCCAAGCGUAAUGAAACAUAAUAUUAAAGAGCAAAGUAAUGAAAAACUUGUCGCGCAGGAAGCCCAACCAAUGAACAUUGCGGGCAAAGAUGCUAAAGUAACCUUGAAAAAUGAUACUUUUGGGGAACAAGAUGCAGGACACAAAUCCCCAAAGAUUGUGGAAGUGACAAAUCAACAGAGAAUCAAAUCUGGGCAGGAAUUAAACAUAAAAGAAAUUCCCCAGGAAGAGGAUGGAUUUACCGGCAUUAAAAAAUUUAAUGCUUCGGAAAUAACAGAAAAUAGUACUAAAACCAUAGAAUCCAAACUUCAAGACUCUACCAGCGAUGUUAAGGCCUUAAACCUUCAGAAAGUCAUCGAUAGUGGCAAGGUACCGAAGCCUCAAGAAGUUGCCGUUAAGGUACCGAAGCCCCAAGAGGUGUCGAAGCCCCAAGAGGACGGUGGCGAGGUGUCGAAGCCCCAAGAGGACGGUGGCGAGGUGUCGAAGCCCCAAGAGGCCGCCGACAGUGGCAAGGUGUCGAAGCCCCAAGAUAUUUCUGUAGGAACAUUUGAAACGGAACCGAAACUAAAAGAAAUGAAAUCUAAGAGCGAGAAAGUGAAGUCUGUAGAAACUUUAUCUUUUCCAGUUGAAUCAGUAGACAAAAAAGGCAAAGGUGGUGCGAGAAAAGGCAAAAAAUAA